CCGUUACGGUUUUAUAUACCUACAGUGUAAUUGAUUGAAUUUGUAUGUUCAAAUUGUGACAGUUUUGAAUUUUUGAUUAUCAAAUGUUUAAAUGUAUAUACAUACCUACUUAACGUGUCUUGCUUUUGACAUGCUCGUCUGAUACGGUUCUACGGCUAAAAGUAACGGAAAUACGACUACUAGUCAGAAGUUCUUGGAUGCAGGAUAAUUUUCAAAUGUAUUAUAAAUAUUCGGAAAACAUUCAAAAGUAAACACUACUCAGUACCUACUCACUAGUCACGGGUACAGCUGUGAACAUGGAAAGGUCUUAUGGUAUUGACGAUUAUCAACCAUCAAGAGGCAACGGUUUAGGUUUUGGCCUAGAACCGUCAACAUUUAUAUCGGUACUGGCAUUUCUGGCGUUCCUGCUACAUGCGCUAUUAAUACUACUUAUACCGACGCUGAAGUCAUUUUUCACCGGGCCUUUUUUCGGCCACGGGUAUGCCAACGGCAUUGGCUACAGCAAUGGAUUCGGUGGUGGUGGAGGAUUCGGAGGUGGGCCCGGAUUCGGUGGCAUGGGCUAUGGAGGUCUGCAGAACGGAGGCUACGGGACCGGUGGUGGUUUCGGUUACGGAGCCGUUCCAUCCAUAUUAGGUGGCGUCAACGGCAUAUUGGGUACGGGGCUUUUGGGCACGACGGGGUUAUUGGGCACGGGGCUGUCUGGACUAUUUGGUCCAGGGGUUGGAAGCUUAGGGGCGGCGGCACCAGGGGCUGCGGCGGCGGGGACGCCGAUUACCCGAGGCGCGAGCAGGAGUAGAUCAGUCGACGGUGAAAACCGAACGUGGGUUUCCGAAGACGAAACGCAAGUAAAACCUACAGCUGAAGUAGACGGGUCAACGGGACGAAAUAUAAAUACAAACAGAUUGCUGAGUAAAUGUAAUUUUUACUUUUGUUUACUUGGCAAAACGAAAAUUGAUCAUAUGUUAGUGUUACGAGAACGUAAAUAAUAAUAUUAUAUAUUAAGGAAUAUAACAUAUAUAUUAGUUACAUAGGUAUAAUAUAAGAAGUGUCACGACAUGUUUGUCCUUAAAUAACAUACCAAAUAUAAUAUAUACAUAAAGGUACCUGAGUGGCUUUGUUGUCACUCGUCGCAACUAUGUAUAAAUAUAUAUUUCACUCUACUCACCACUCACCAACUCCUGCAGCCAAAACUUUAAGUGUACACAACUAUUUGAAUACCUACAAAAUGAAAAUUUAUCAUUCGACUUUUGAAAUAUUAUAAGUUAUAACAUAUACAUUUACUGUUUAAAUUUAUUGUGUCAUUAUAUUGUUAAUAAUUUUAUUAUGAAAACAUUUUUAUCAAAACUUUGUAUUAACUACCUAUAAAUUAUAAUAAUUAUGGCAAUGUAAAUCUAUAGAUAGGAAUCAAAUGAUAAUUUUUUCAAAUAAAAAAAUGUACCUAUUGACAAGGACAAACACGUGAGAGACAUUCUAUUAUACGCAUUCUAAACAUAUAAUACAAAUUACAAUACAAUACAAUACAAUACUAAACUACUCAGAGUUAUAAUUUAUCACAUUAGAUGUAAAGCAUUAUACAUUUAUGCAUAAUGUAACUUGUAAGUAUUUAAUAUUUAUAUUUUAAUUCGUAUAAAUGUAUAAUAUGUUAAAACAUAUUAUAACAAUAUAACUUAAAAGUAAUGCCCAACGAUAAUUAUCUAGAUAUGUGGUCUUUAUAAAAUAUUUACCAUUGAAAAAUCAAUUGAGUAGACGUAAAACACGUUUAUACUUUAAAAUCCAACAUUUAAAUUUAAUUCACUUAUAAAAUAAAUUCUAAACCAUAUUAAUAAGCUAUAUAGCAUAAGUCAUAAUUUUGCCAUUUUGGGUGCUGUCACUAUAAUAACAUGUGUAUAAUUUUACUCGAAGCAUAAUAUUAUGUUAACUUUAAGAACCUAACUUAUCCCUAUUCCCUAUUAAAUUAUUAUUAUACAAUUAAUAUUGAUUAUUGUACCUAUGCCUUCCUUGUUAGCUAAAUCGGUCAAUACUUAAUAAAAUAUUUAUAGUAGGCAUUGUAAAAUAUUAAUGCAUUUGACUUAUAAUUUAUAUUGAUCUUAUAGGGAGUUUUAAGUUCAUGCAAAGGUGGAAGUUAUUGUUAACCUAUAUUAUAAAUUAAUGUUAAUUAGAUAUAAAGUUUUUAGACAUAUUAUGAUUCGUGGUAUAUAUAUUAAUGUUAAAAGUAUUUAAGUAGGUAGUAAACGAUUAUUAUUGUACCUAAAACAUUAUUUUACU